AUGGCGACUCUCCAAGAUUUGAAAAGCGCCCUUCGGUCGAAGACAGGCGUAAAGACAACGCCUUCAAAGCAGACAUUAUCAGAUAUGCAGUAUGACAACGGCUUCAGAAUUUUGGUGCAGGGUUCGACAGGUUAUCAAGAUUUCAUCAUCCCACAGCUGACUCAGGUCCUGGCAUCACUAUUCGACUCGAGGCCCCAGAUCUCUGCUCUCGAAAUUGGACCUGGGCCCAAGAGUGUGCUCGGCGGUCUCCCCGAUUAUCAGAGAAGAAAGAUCCGGCGAUAUGAAGCUUUUGAGCCCAAUCGAUUGUUUGCAGCAAGCCUAGAAGGAUGGCUUUCGGUCAAUACCGCAAUGGGGUUACGAUUCCCUUGCCUGGAAAGGCCACCAACAAUUCAUCGUUUGCCGUUCGAUCCACAGCAAAACAUGAAGAGCUGCAGCAGUAGUGACGUGAUUGACGAAGACAGGGGAUACGACGUGAUCCUCUUUUGCCACAGCAUGUACGGUAUCCAAUCGAAACGAAAAGCCAUAGAGCAGGCGCUGGAAAUGCUUGGAGAGAGGAGAGGCGGAAUGGUGUUAGUUUUCCAUCGUGACGAAAACUUAUACCUUGAUGGCCUAGUGUGCCACCAAUCUGCUGCUUUCCCGACUGGAGUUGUCAGGGUGGCAGAUGAAGAUCAUGUUCUGGACGACUUCACUGCCUUCAUCGCAGGUUUCGUAAUGCACGAUGAAGAGGUGCAAAAGACUGUUCAAAUUCAGUGGCGGAAGGUGUGUCGAGAUUUGGGUUGUUGUGAGGACGCGUAUCCAGGUUAUCUCUCAUUCCGUUCGCCGGAUGUUAUGGUGGCCUUCAAUCAGCAUGCGACAAAAGUAUCAGAGCUCACGGCGCAGUUGCCAGUGGUCAUGACAGAUAGGCAGAUCAAGAAUCGGGAGGCUCGUCUGCGUCGACCAGCGGCAAUUUGCAGACCAACGGAAAUCUACCACGUUCAGUUGUGUGUCCGGUGGGCCCUCAAGCAUGCGGUCGGCUUGGUUAUCAUCGGCGGUGGACACAGCGGCCACUGUUUUUGGAACAACGUCAUCUCAGUCGACAUGGGUGCCUUCAACCAAGUAUAUAUUCAUGGUACAAAAGAAAAGGAUUUAUCUGCCACUUCUGGUUCCAGCGCCUUCGUCGUUGUCGAAGCUGGCUGUACAUCUGGAGACGUCAUCAGGAAAACUAUGACGGCCGGCGUAACAGUACCCUUAGGAUCGCGCCCAAGUGUAGGUGCAGGAUUGUGGCUGCAGGGUGGCAUUGGACAUCUGGCUCGACUGCAUGGCUUGGCCUGCGACGCUAUUGUGGGUGCUGUUAUGGUCAGUGUUGACUCUGGCCGGGUCCUUUGCGUGGGCUAUGUUCCAAGUGAACAUCAACCGGCUAUGUCUGUUCGAGCAGAGAAUGAAACCGAAAUUUUAUGGGGGUUAAAGGGCGCAGGGACAAAUCUCGGCAUUAUCGUUAGUGUAACAUUCAGAGCUUAUACGGCCCCAGUAUAUAUCGUUCGGAACUGGGUUGUGCCACUCAGCGGUGGUCUUGAAGCGCAGCUCAAGCUCGGCAGGUUUGACGAACUCGUUGCCAGGAAGCUCAGCCGGAACUGUUCUGCAGAUGCCUAUCUGUACUGGGAAGAUAGUCAACUACAUCUCGGCUUCACCAUGAUUGAGUCUACGACGGCAUCCGCCGUGUCGAAAUGUUCGUUCUCCACGACUGUCAGUUCUCAUCUCGGAGCAGAAGAAGAUGAAGUCAAGGUGGUUGACAGCGUCGGUCUGUUUGAGACAGAGAUGUACGUUUCGAAGAUGCAUGGUGGGCAUGGCAGGGGCAAGACGUCUUCGUUCAAGCGAUGCCUGUUCGUGAAGGACAUAGGCAAUCCCAAGGUAGCUGAGCGCUUGGUGGUAGCCAUGGAAGCUCGCCCAUCGCCACUGUGCUACCUUCAUCUACUGCAAGGAGGAGAGGCGAUCAGCGACAUUGCGGCUGAAGCUACUGCUUUCGGCUGUCGAGACUGGCACUUUGCCUGCGUUAUAACUGGUGUUUGGCCUCGCGAUCAGGAUGGCACUGAAGUCGCACGGGCUGCCGUAGGAUGGGUUUACAAUGUUGCAGAGGACUUGCUGCCAUUGUCUAGUGGGACCUACUGCGCCGACCUCGGACCCGACCCGAGAGAUGUCGCACUUGCUAGCAGAGCCUUUGGCGUCAACCAGCAACAGCUCGUUCAAGUCAAAAAUCGGUUGGAUCCGCGAAAUGUAUUGGCUUACGCUUGUCCGCUCCCGAAACCGCCACUAGGUCCGAAGCUCAUCCUUCUUGUGACUGGUGAAAGCUGUGCCGGCAAAGACUAUUGUGCCGAUGUGUGGGUUUCCAUGUUCGCAGAACGUGGCCUCACGACUCGUGUCGUAAGCAUCAGUGAAGCGAUCAAGCGGGAAUACGCGGUGGCUACUGGUGCCGACCCUGAUCGACUGCUUUCUGAUCGCGCCUACAAGGAGCAGCACCGCCCAGCACUGACAGCAUACUUCAUGGAAAAAGUAAAGCACCAACCUCGGCUGCCAGAGGAGCAAUUCAUGAGAGUGAUACAUGGUUCUGCCGAUGUGGGCGUAUUGGUGAUCACUGGUAUGCGAGACAAAGCACCUGUCGCUGCCUUGUCGCAUCUUGUGCCGAACAGCAAGCUUCUCGAUGUUUACGUACAAGCCAGUGAACAAAUGCGAUGGUCACGUAAAGAGUGUGGCCAUGAGAGCAUUGGUCGUGCGCGCAACAAGACGAUCAAACCAGUCGAGCUACAUCGGGAGGCGUUGAGCUACCGACCCAGUGCUGUGUUCGACAACGAAAUGCACGGAAAUGAAGCUGCGAAAAAAUUCUUCGAAAUUAACCUGCUGCCCUUGGUUCACGAAGACUUACUGCGACUUGCUGACAUGGUGCGUCCAACACCCGAUUUCCCACACGAAAACGUCGUGUUCCGCCAUGUGCUCGGCAUCUCUCAACAGCCGAACGGGCUAGCUUUGUGCACGUCUCUCCUACAGAGUCACUUCAUUGGCGACUGGCGCAACGUCGCUGCGGUGGCAUGUUGCGAGGUCGGUGGCAUUGUUUUUGCUUCUGCAUUGUCUUUGCGGGUCAACGUCCCCUUAGUACUCAUACGCGAAGCUGGUAAGCUUCCCCCACCCACCAUUUCUGCUGUGAAAUCUCAAUCACACGUCUCGUCUUUGAUCCGCAGCGACUCGAAACAGAAGCGGAUAGAGAUUGAACGAAGUGCUGUGCCUAAGGAAGGUGGAAUCGUGGUAGUAGAUGACACGCUAGCUUCAGGCGAAACGCUUUGUGCAGUACUGCAGAUGUUAGAAGAUGCUGGUGUUGCUGCUGAGAAUGUGAGCGCAAUGGUUGUUGCCGAAUUCCCCAUUCACCGUGGGCGGGAUCUGUUGUGCAGACGUGGAUUCAGUGGAGUGAGCGUUCAAAGUCUUCUCACUUUUGGCGGUGUAUAG